CGCUUCCUCGUCCCGGUGGCGGGGGUGCACAGGCGGCUCCCGCGGCUACGGCUCCUCGCGCCCCGACGGGCCCCGGAGCUCGGGCGGCCAUGCAGCAGCGCGCACUGGGGCUGUGGGGGGCCCUGGGGACCCUGGCGACGCUGGCGACGCUGGCCGCUCGGGCCCCCGGAGCCUCGGCCGCGCCGGACCUGGGCCUGUGGCCGCUGCCUCGCUCCGUGCGGCUGUCCCCGCGCCUCCUGCGCCUGUCCCCGGAGGACUUCGCCCUCGGCCUCGACCCCGCUUCGAAGGCGGGUCCCUCCUGCGUCAUCCUGCAGGAAGCGUUUCGCCGAUAUUAUGACUAUAUUUUCGGUUACUACCAGAGGCGCCGCGGUCCUGCUAGAUUUUACACGGACAGCCCGUUACUGCAACUUGUCGUCUCGGUUGUCCACGACUCUGAGUGUGAUGCUUUCCCCAGUCUGUCGUCAGAUGAGUCCUAUGCUUUAACUGUGAAAGGACCAGUGGCUGUUCUGAAGGCUAACCAAGUCUGGGGAGUCUUGCGGGGUUUAGAGACCUUUAGCCAGUUAGUUUAUCAAGAUCCUUACGGAACUUUCACUAUCAAUGAGUCCAGCAUUACUGAUUCUCCAAGGUUUCCUCACAGGGGUAUUUUAAUUGAUACAUCCAGACACUAUCUGUCAAUUAAGACUAUUUUAAAAACUCUGGACGCCAUGGCCAUGAACAAGUUCAACGUGCUGCACUGGCACAUAGUGGAUGACCAGUCAUUCCCGUACCAGAGCGUCACGUUUCCGCAGUUAAGCAAUAAGGGAAGCUACACCCCGUCUCACGUGUACACGCCGACAGACGUCCGGGAGGUGAUCGAGUACGCCCGGUUGCGAGGGAUCCGAGUCCUGCCGGAGUUUGACAGCCCCGGACACACAGAGUCCUGGGGGAAAGGUCAGAAAGGCCUCCUGACUCCGUGUUAUGACGGCGAGAGGCCGUCGGGGGCAUUUGGACCCAUCAAUCCUGCUCUGAAUUCGACCUACGACUUCAUGUCCCGAUUCUUCUCAGAAGUCAGCAAGGUGUUUCCCGACGAGUUCAUUCACAUGGGAGGCGAUGAAGUGGACCCCGAGUGCUGGGAGACCAAUCCUGAUAUCGAAAAAUUCAUGAGAAGCAGAGGCUUUUAUAAAGAUUUUAAAAAACUGGAGUCAUUCUACAUUGAAAAGGUUCUGAAUAUCAUCGCCAGUCAACGGAAGAAAUCCAUAGUCUGGCAAGAAGUCUUCGACAACGAAGAUAAGAUCCAGCCCAGCACGAUAGUCCAGGUUUGGAAAGAUAAGGACUAUCCCGAAGAGCAGGCCAGGGUCACGGCAGCCGGCCACCCGGUGCUCCUGUCCGCCCCCUGGUACCUGGACUACAUCACCUACGGGGAGGACUGGAGGACGUACUACAAAGUGGACCCGCUGCGCUUCUCCGGUUCUCAGGAGCAGAAACAGCGUGUCCUCGGGGGAGAAGCCUGUCUGUGGGGAGAGUACGUGGACUCAACCAACCUCACACCGAGACUAUGGCCUCGAGCAAGUGCAGUUGGUGAGAGACUUUGGAGUGAUGAGAAGGUCAAGAGCAUAAAUGACGCCUACAACAGACUCACAGUUCACCGCUGUAGGAUGGUCAGGCGGGGGAUAGCGGCACAGCCUCUCUAUGUCGGGCACUGUGAGCAAGAGUACAAGAUGUGAGCGAGCUGGGCUGCACCAGAAGACUGGGGGGGAGCCCCGAGCAGUCUGAAUCGCAGCUACAUGUCGGGCACUGUGAGCAAGAGUACAAGAUGUGAGCGAGCUGGGCUGCACCAGAAGACUGGGGGGGAGCCCUGAGCAGUCUGAAUCGCAGCUACAUGUCGGGCACUGUGAGCAAGAGUACAAGAUGUGAGCGAGCUGGGCUGCACCAGAAGACUGGAGGGGGCUCCGAGCAGUCUGAAUCGCAGCUACCUUCAUGCUGAAAUCAUGCAAACUGCUUUAAAAUAAAGUGUCUUUAUUGACUGA